CUGGCGGUUCAUUUUCCUUUUUCUAAUUUUCCUAGGCGCCAAACAGGAGGAAAGGGAAUUUGACGGGAACCGUUCUUUUAUGCAAACAGAGUGACUCCGAUCCAUCGGAAUCUGAUCUCACGCUUCAUUACAGAUGUAUUCCCACAGUCAAUUCGACGGCAACGCCGCCUUCUCUGGCGGGGGAUUCAUGCCCUCACAGGCCACUCAGGCCGCCGAACCUGGUUUUUCUCCUGCCAGAAAUCGGGAUACACAAGCGUUGCUUCCCUUGACCGUGAAGCAGAUAAGUGAAGCUUUUCUCUCAAGCGAUGAUAAAUCCAAUUUUCUCAUUGAUGGUGUCGAAGUGAACAAUGUCACACUUGUGGGGAUGGUAUUCAACAAAGCUGAAAGGGUUACUGAUGUUGGUUUUAUGCUGGAUGAUGGAACAGGGCGUAUUGACUGUAACAGAUGGGUCAAUGAAGCUGUAGACACAAAGGAAAUGGAAGGAAUUUUAGAUGGCAUGUAUGUUCGAGUUCAUGGACACUUGAAGGGUUUUCAGGGUAAAAGGCAUUUAAAUGUCUUCUCUAUUAGGCCUGUGACUGACUUUAAUGAGAUUGCCAGCCACUUCAUUGAGUGUAUCUAUGUGCAUGUCUACAACACUAAAUCACGGGUACAGGCUGGUGGCCCUACUCAGUCCCAUGUUACAAAUCCGGCCAUUGGUACCCCUUUAAAGGGUUACCAAGCUUCUCAACCAAAUCAAUUCUCUGGGCAAUAUGGUGCUGGACUUAAGGGCGUUGAUCAACUGGUCAUAGAUUAUUUGCAGCAACCUCAGUCCCUGGCUCGAGACCAGGGGGUAGGCCGGGAUGAGCUUGCCCAACAGCUAAACGUUCCAGUCGAUAAAAUCAUGGAAUCUAUUAGAUCACUCGAAGAGGAAGGCUUGAUUUACUCAACAAUUGAUGAAUGGCAUUACAAGUCAACUGGCAAUGGUUGACGUCUCCAUUAAAAUGGGUUCAAUAUUUCCGAUGCUCAAGGUGACAUCAACCUGGUACAUGGAAUUCUACUCAGCAACCAGGUCAUCGUAUAUUCCUUUUCUCGGUGCCUCCCAAUAUUGAUCUUUUUUCAUCUGUUUUCUUGCCUUAGAUCAAAACUUUUUCUGCAUGAAUUCACAUUAUACUAGUUACUUGCUCUAUGGAUCUGUUUUUUGCAGAUGGUAUUAAGUCUGAAAACUAGUUUAGGUUCAUAACUGAUUUAAGGCAUUUAAAUUCAAUCUAUGAUUGUUAAGAGUCAGAUUUGAUACCGA